GCUGGUAAAGCCGCGUCCCACUCUCCAUGGAUCUGCCAUUGGGCACCAAUCAGACUGUGCCAGGCUUGCAGGGCACAUGCGCAAGUUGGUCCUGCUGUGGUGUCUUGCAAGCAGCUCCUCCCACCCAGUGGAGGAGAUCAUUGGCACUUGGAGCUCACCUCCUCACAAUGUGCCCAGCAAAGGUGUUCCUGACGGACCGCUCAUCGGCAACGGCCGCCUGGGCGGCGUCCUAGGUUGGCACUCGGAGUCUGAGCACCCGAGCGUCGACCUCCACCUGGGCCACAAUGGUUUCUUUGCGGCGCCCAGCGGUGGCGCCAGCAGCUGCGGGUAUUCGGCCGGCGGGCGGAAGGCGCUAGCCGGCUUGACUUUGGAGUUUCCUGGCCUUGCCGGGGCUCAAAUGAUGGCUCAACAGCUGGCAGCUAACGGAACAGCUUUGAUUAUGUUGAAAGUGGGGUCAGCCCGAGCGCUCACUUUGAGCGCCUUCAUCCACGCCACAGAGGAUGUUUUGGUGGUGGAACUGCAUGGAGGUCUUAGCACUGAGGUGCUGGUGACGCUUUGGACCUUCUCCGGGUGUCACGGCCCGCCGCGGCCGCCCGUCUCGCCCAGCACCAGGGUCGCCCAGGGCGGCGCGCCGGUGUCGAAGACGACCGGUGCCACGAGCGACCGGCUGCCCUCGCAAGUGCUGGCCGGGGAGAAGGAGCUGCGCGUCGCUCGCGGAAAUGGAUGGCCUUUCCAGGCCACUUACUUUCCCGUGCGAUGGUUUGGUCUUUCGGCGACCCUGGGUGGCGACCCUGGAUCAUCCAGCUUCACCGAUGUGGAGGCCAUGGGCCGCUGCGGCCCUGAACUCUUCCUACGAGGCCCCUGUGCCAAGGGCACCUGGCGGCCAAAGGAGGGCGAUGGGUGGCUGGCGGUGCGACUGGGACGAUGGCCGCUGAUGGAGAAGCCCCAGUUCUCAUCCUUGAUGCCUCUUGCAGAGCUUCGGGCCACACACUGGGCAUCCUGGACCAACUUCUGGGAACGGUCCUUCAUCUGCAUCCACGACUCAGCCGUGACCAUGUUUCACUGGUACAUGAGCCAAUAUUUGUUACGCAUCUCUUCGUGGCAUGGCCCUGCGCCGGGCCUCUUUGGACCCUUUGUGGUGGAUGAUGAGGUGGUCUGGUCGGGCGACAUUACCCUCAACUACAACGCAGAGGCUGUGUACUACAAUGCGGGUGCUGCAAACCACCUGGAGGCGAAGCGUGAUGAAGAAACUCAACAAAGUCAGGCCUUUGAACCAUACUUUCAAGCCAUCCUGGACUUCAUUCCCGCGGCUCGUCGCAUGGCUGCGGAGCUUUAUCCCAAUUGCCCUGACUCGCUGGCCUUCCCGGCGCAUCUGCUGCCGGAGGGCGUGCAGGUGCCAGGCGUUGGCCGUGGCGACCUGGGGCAGAAGCAGAUGGGUUUGUUUGCGGCAGUGCCCUUCAUUUUGUACUGGCGAUACACUGGAAGUCUGGCGUUUGCAGAGAGGGCCCUGCCCUUCCUCAACGGGGUGGCACGCUUCUGGGAGUGCAACCUUGUGGCUGGCGAAGAUGCUUACUUGCAUGAUGCUGAGGAUUGUGCCGAGGAGAUCUGCCUGCCGGACGGCGAUGUCCAGCCGGAUCCGACGGUGGUGCUGUCUUUGCUGCCGGGCUUCUUUCAGACUCUGGCGGAGAUGACCGAGCUGCUGGACCCGGAGCGAGCCCGCCACGGCGACGCGGGCGCCCCCGCGAGCGCGAGCGCUCUGCAGCAGCUGGCGCGCCGGGUGGCGCCCUACGCCACCGAAGAGGUCGAUGGCGCCCAGGUCGUCGCCGACUUCUACGGCGGCGAAUCGGCGCACGGCCGCGAGCUGCGGCUCCAUGCAGGUGGCUCCGUUGCUUGGGGCGGGCUAUUUGCAGCGUUUCCCCUGGGCACUGUGCACAGGCGCAGCCGCAAGGAGGAGAUUGAGCUGGUUCAUCGGUCGCUGGUGCGCUUCUUUAAGCAAUGGCCUGGGGGCAAGCAGGGCAACAGCUUCCCCCAUGCCUUUGCUGCGGCUGCGCGGGUGGGCUGGUUCGAUGGGUUGCUGGAGGUUUGGGAGUCCUAUCUGACCAAUACGUCAGAUCCCAAGUGCCGCCUCUACAGCAACGGGAUGGUCUUGGGCUGUGGUGGGACCGGCUUGGAGAAUGUCGGAGGGGCGGCCUUUGCAUCAGAGAUGCUCUUAUCCACUGCCGGUGGCGUUUUGGAGGUCUUCCCGGCGCCCCUCGACACCGUCGCGGCCUUCCGCCUGCGCGCGCCGGGGCCGCUGCUGGUGACGGCGCAGAUGGCGCCCGGGCACCACGUGACGGAAAUUGAGCUGGAACUUCCGACCCCUUCGGAGGAACCUUCGGUGGUGCGCACGGAUUGGUUGGUGCAAUCACCUUGGCCGGGCCAGGACGUACUGGUCAAUGGGCAGGUCACUAAUGUGGGCGCUGACGGGCUCUUCCGUGUCUUCCUGACAGACAGGGAGGUCGUGCGCAUCACUGGUGCAAAGAGGGUAGAGAGAGAGAGAGAGAGAGCCUGAUGGGUGGUGCUGGGUUCAUUUUUGGAAUGCUGUGUGAUAAAUGUGACUGCGCUAUGUGAG